UUCCGCUUUUCCGCCCCUGCCAACUUCCGGCGCACCGGGCGCUGGGUCCUGACGGAGUGCCACGUCGUUGAGAUUGAGGCGGCCAGGAGGGUCGGGGAGGGAGCGACCCGAGACGGGGGAAGGGGAGGAGAACGAGGAGAAGAAAAAGAAGAAAGGCGGCGUCUGAGGAGACGACGACGCCUCCUCUCCGGCGGGGCCUGAGGCAUGGGCGCGUCGCAGAGCGUGGAGAUCCCCGGCGGGGGCACCGAGGGCUACCACGUCCUGCGAGUACAAGAAAAUUCACCAGGACAUCGAGCUGGGUUGGAGCCAUUCUUUGAUUUUAUUGUAUCUAUUAAUGAUUCAAGAUUGAAUAAAGACAAUGACACUCUCAAGGACUUGUUAAAAGCAAAUGUGGAAAAGCCUGUAAAGAUGCUGGUAUACAGCAGCAAAACGCUGGAGCUUCGAGAGACGUCAGUGACUCCAAGCAAUAUGUGGGGUGGACAGGGCCUCCUGGGAGUAAGCAUCCGUUUCUGCAGUUUUGAUGGAGCCAAUGAGAAUGUGUGGCAUGUGCUGGAAGUUGAACCAAAUUCUCCUGCUGCACUUGCUGGUCUCAGGCCUCACAGUGAUUAUAUUAUUGGGGCAGACACUGUUAUGAAUGAGUCAGAAGAUUUAUUCUCCCUCAUCGAAACACAUGAAAGCAAACCGUUAAAACUUUAUGUUUAUAAUACUGACACUGAUAAUUGUCGGGAAGUGGUUAUUACUCCAAACUCUGCAUGGGGUGGAGAAGGAAGCCUAGGUUGUGGCAUUGGGUAUGGAUACUUGCAUCGAAUACCUACACGUCCUUUCGAAGAGGGAAAGAAAAUUUCUCUUCCAGGACAGUUGUCUAGUGCACCUAUUAGUCCCCUCAAAGAUGGCUUUACAGAAGUACAGCUGUCUUCAGUUAAUACUCCAACUUCAUUGCCAUCCGGAACGACAGGAACAGAACAGGCCCUGGCUGGGCUUUCCAUUAGCUCCACUCCUGCUGUCCCUAAUGUCCUCAAUACAGGUGUUCCUACAGUACCAUUAAUGCCUCCACAAGCAAAUCAGGCUGUCCCUCCUGUUAAUCCCGCAGCUACAUUGCCAGGACUGAUGCCUUUAUCCACUGGACUUCCCAAUCUCAGUAAUAUCCCAAAUCUAAAUUUACCUGCGACAAGCUUAAUUCCUGGCUCUGGAUUAGUGGACAUUGGACAUCCUGGAUUGCCUCCACUUCCUUCCUUGCCUCCCAUAAAUCUCUCUGGGAUUUCCCCCCUUUCGCCAGAAUUCCUUGCACAGUUUCCUUUGGUCCCCGAGGUGCCCGCUCUGCCUUCCGAUCUCCUGUCCUCUGCCCCUCCAAUGGGGAGCCUGUCCGCCAAUCCUGGUGCCACUGUCAGUGUGGAACAAACCUCUGCCUUCCUUCUGGAUAGUGCCGUCCCCCCUCUCGCCACCACUGAUCCUGCCGCAAAGGUACCUGGCCCAGAAGCUUGGGGAGACGCAUCAGCCGCAUCCAGCGAAAAAGUGGCAUCCUUGCUCACGGAGGCAGCUGCAUCUGAAGCAUUGUAACUUCAACCUAUCAAUUGAAUUUGGCUCAGUGUAUUUAUUCAACUGUGGGAUAAAUAUGAAAAAAUAUGCAGACUACCAUUAAAUUCAUGCUGGUUUGUAUUUUGUGGUUAGGACUUCUGUAAAUAUACUGAGGGUGACUUAAAGAGUCUGAAAUUUUUAUGGUGGGCUUGGUGUAGGGACAGUGCAGGGUAAGGAAGUGCUUAUAUUUAAAACAAAAUAUCAAGGUAGAACAAGCAGACUUUCAACUGCCAAAAUGAGGUAUUUUUUAAAAAUCUAGUCUGACUCCAGUAGGUUUUCUUGGUUACUUUUCCCCUCUCAAGUUUUGCUUCUGUUAGAAAACCAAGAAGCAUUAAUGCUUGUGGCACUUGAAAACCAUCUUUCUUGUACUUUGCAAGAAUUAGGAUGUCGGCAAUACAUUGUGACCGGGUAAAAGUAUUUGCUUUUAUCCAAGUUGUACAUUUUAGCACUAUACAGUCCUUUGAACUAAAGCUGUUUUAUUAAAAAUUUCAGCGUGCAACUUGUCAAUUCUACAUCAUUUAAAAACCUGCCUGCGCACAGAUCUUUCUGUUCAGCUUCUGCCUGUCCUUACCUCAAUUUAAACACUGUUGAAUUUAUUUUUUUAAGCCACCGUGUCAAGCAUUGUGAAGAAAUGGAAAGGAAACCAACUGUUAAAUGUUGGAUGUCAUGUAAAAGCAAGAGGGCAAAAUGGCUAGGGAUCUUUUGUAUGAUGAGUACUAUUGAGAGAGUUUACAUAAUGGCAAUAAAUUCUGAGAAUUUUAUCUUGCACCAUAAAAUGAACACUUGAUUAAAUUCUGACAUGGUUGUUGGUUA